UGAUUACAGGUUGUUAGUUUCUCGCCUACCGCACGGUGGCGCUGUGUAUGAAUGCGGCGUACCUCUUAUCACGCUGCUCUUUAACAGCGGACACUUCCGGGUUGUCGUUGACGGUGACAGAGUUCACAGGGCACGCGGAGGUCGUGUUGUGCUUUUGCUUUCGGCUGGCGUGUUAGCUGGUGCCAGUGAUGUGAUGGCUUUCCUGAGUUUGUUCAUGAGGAGGCAGCUGCCCCCGGCCCUGAGCCACUUCGCCCGGACGCUGAAGCUCGGCCGGCCUCCCUGCGCCGGAGCUCCGCUCAGGAGGCUGCACGGCUCGGCCCGGCUGCGGGUCGCGGAGAAGGGACCGUGGGGGAAGAGCCGGGGGCCGGAGACGCAGACGCAGCAGUACCAGUUCACAGACCUCGACAAGGCGGACGCUCUGAUGCUGAGAAAGUCCCAUGAAACAGGAUUCCUCUCAUGGUUCAGGAACGGCCUGCUGGCGACAGGGAUCGGAGUCAUCGCGUUUGUUCAGAGUGAGGUGGGACGAGAAGCAGCAUAUGCCUUCUUCAUCCUGGGAGGUGUGUGCGUGUCGUUUGGCGGCGCCUCGUACAUCGGCAGCCUCUUUGCCUUGCGGAGGAUGAUGCUGCUGUCGGUGCCGGCGCUGCUGCUCCAAGGGGCCGUGGUGUGCAGCGCCGCCCUCUUCUGGCUCUGCGCAGUAUCGCUCUACAUCGGCCGGCUGGAGGUGGAGAUCAUCCACGAGGACGACGAGGUAGAGGACGAGGACGAGUGCAGGGAGUGCCGCGACAGGCGCGACCAACACCGGGGCUACCGGGGGCCGCGUGACGGCGAGGACAGUGACGGCAAGGGGCAAAACAAGUAGAGAUCUUCCAGGAAUGCGAAGCGGAAAUCUGUGUGUGUGCUGCUCUGAUUCAGGGUUUAUUUGUAUGCGUGCGUGUGUGUGUGCGUAAGCAGCCUACAUGUUUAUGUGAAGGCUGUGUGUGAGUCUAUAUACAAACCUAUUAUCUAUUGUUAUGAAAAUUAUUAUUAUAAUUAUUAAAGUGGAGAAAGACUUUUAGACCUGGUCGGGUCAAAGAAACUGCUGAUAAUUUGGCUACGUUCACUUCUAGUGAAGAAAUCAGCUUUUUUUGUAAGAUUUCUUAUAAUUAGACAUAUUCAUAUUGUCUCACUCACAUCAUCGAUAUAUCUGCAAAUUGUAUAGAUUUUGUUUUAUUUCUUACAUCCUCACAUGUUGCAAAGACUCACCUGUUAUGAUAAAAGUUUGCAAUCAUUUCCAGGCCUCACUUCUCAGUUGUUGGAUGAUGUUCGCCUUAUCAUUGUGUUUCCACUACGAUUAAUUGCGACUGACUACUUGAAGUUUUCAGUGAAAUAAAACGAGCUGGUUGUGAUAUGCUGUGAGACAGUGUAAGAAUGAACAAUGUUUCAUGUCUAUCUUUUUGUUUUAAAGACACAGAAGAAUUUCUUUUUACAGGUGUUUGGUUGUUUUUUUUUUUAUUCUGUUUUAUAAGGAGCAGUAGCACUUUUGUCAGCUUUAGUCAGUCGUUGUAAGGAGUUUAUUUUACAGUUUUUCUGUGAUAAUACAUUUUGCCUCGUACCGAAGUGUAACCAUAAACCUUUUGAGUGAAUUUUACACCGCCUGGCGAGGACUAUAAUUGCUGUUUUAAUGGAUGUAAAGAUGGUUGAUACGAGACUUGAUGAUAUUGGGUUUGUGUGUUGAAAUGAGGUUCACUGUUUACUCUUGUUCUUUAGCGUGCACCACUUUCAGUGCACCCUCCUGUUCAUACAGUAAUAAAGUGAGAAAAAAUCUC